AUGAAUGAAACUAGCAAUAUAAGCAGUAGUUCAACCGGUGGCGUUUGUUCAUCGUGUCUUAAAGAAAUGCCUCUUAUUAUGACAUCCUCAUCAUCAUCUCGACUCUGUUCAAAUUGUAUCACUGAAUUUAUUGAUCCUCAACAACAAUUUUCAUCACAUAUUAAUAAUAAAUUUCCACUUUUUCCUUCAUCACAACCAUUAUUAAAUAUGCAGCAGCAUCAACAACAACAACAACAAUCCCAAUCAAUAAUGCAAACAAAUUUUUCACCAUUAUCAUCAUCAUCAGCAUCUUCAACAUCAUCAAUAUCAUCUAAUAAUCGACGUUUUAGUGCAUUUGAUCCAUUUACAUCCGGUAAUGAUAUAAAAACUAGUUUUCUACAUCCAUUUACUGACAUAAAUAAUGCUUUUUCAACAUUAAAUUCAUCAAAUUUAACUAAUAAUAAUAAUAAUAAUAAUAAUGAUUUUGAAUCAACAACAUCUGAUUUUAUGCGUUAUUUUCAUAAUUUUCUUAAUGGAAAUAAUCAUAAUCAUAUCGGUGAUCGUGAUAGUCCUACUAGUAGUGUUCAAAGUAAUGAUUUUUCCCCGUUAUUUGCCUCAAAUUCAACAAAUAAUAAUAAUAAUAAUAAUAAUCAUCUACCAUCUCAAUCUGUAUUACAACGUCAACAUUCAGCAUUUUCAUCUAUUGAUUCUACAACAAGUUCAACACCUUCAUUAAAUCGUUCAUCAACAAAUGAUCUUCCAUCAACAUUAUGUUGUUUCGGUAAUAAUCCUCCAUAUACGUAUUGCAUUGACUGUGAGACAUCAUUAUGUGAGAAAUGUGCAUUAACACAUCCAAAAAUGCUUGGUUUUAAAGAUCAUCGACAACAAUUACUAUCAUCACAAUUGAAUAUUAACAAUCCUAAUAAUAAUUCUCGAUCAAUUAUUGGUCAACCAUCACGACAACAAUCAACGCCAGAUAUUUUUCCAUUAGGUGCAGUUCGUUUAUCACAACAACAAAAUCCAUUCGAUUUAUCUUAUAAUCGAUCUUCAUCAACAAAUAAUUCAUCGAAUGAUUUUCAAUCAUUAUUUAGUUCAUUUUUUUCUCAAUUAUCACUUAGUACACCUAAUAUUGAGAAUUCAAUUAAUAAUCAUAAUCAUAAUAAUAAUUCUCCUUCAUCACCAUCUAUAUCAUCAACAACAAUUUAUUGUCAUGAACAUUCAACAUUAAAAGCAUCAUAUUAUUGUGAUAUAUGUUCACGUGCAUAUUGUCAUGAUUGUCAAGUUCUUCAUGCUCAACAACAUACAUUAUCAUCAUUACAAGAUACAAUUGAUAAUGCACGACAAUUAACAAAACAAUUUUUAAUUGAAUCCCAAACAUUAUUAUAUCAUCUUGAUGAAUCAUUAAAACAAUCAACACGUACUAUGGAAAAUAUUUCAAUAAAAAGUUCAACUAUUGAAAAUGAAAUACGUACUAUGAUUAAAUAUUUUCUUGAUAUACUUUCACAAAGACAAGAUUUUCUAAUGAAAAAUGUUGAUAAAAUACAAACAAUUAAAACACAAACUUUACAAAGACAAAUUAAUGAAUUAAAUCAAGUUAUUAAACAAUUACAUUUAACAAUACUUGAUUGUAAUGAAUGUUUAAAAAAUGGUAAUGAUGCAGAUUUAAUUCGUAUACGAAAUCGUCUAUGGAAUGAAACAAUUAAAAUGAAACAAACAUUAUUAUUAUAUUUAAAACCAAUCGAAGAUGAUUAUAUACAAUUUCAAGGUUCGCCAACAUUAAUUAAUAAAUCUUUAAUAAAUUAUGGUCAAUUAGUUACUUCAACAUAUCCACCAUUAUGUGAAUUAUAUGGUGAUUCAUUGUAUUAUACUAUACGUAAUCGUUUAACAGUUUUAAAUUUACAAACACGUAAUCAUUUAGGUGAAUUACGUACAACAGGUGGUGAUAAUAUACAAUGUUGUUUAAUUGAUACCGGUACAAAUCAAACUGUAUCAUGUGACAUAUAUGAUCGUCAAAAUGGACAAUAUUUUAUCACAUAUAUAGCUCAAACUGAUAAUCUACAUAUAUUAAAUGUCUAUGUUAAUAAUGCACCAAUAAAAGAUAAUCCAUUUCGUAUACAAAUUAAACAAAAUCGUAAUUAUUCAACUAUUGGUUUAAAAUUAGAAUUUGAAAUAGGUGGUGAAGGUGAUCAAGAUGGUAAAUUAUGUCGUCCAUGGGGUGUUUGUUGUGAUCAUCAAUCAAAUAUAAUUAUUGCCGAUAGAUCGAAUAAUCGAAUACAAAUAUUUAAUAAACAUGGACAAUUUUUAAGAAAAUUUGGUACACAAGGUAAUCGUCCUGGACAAUUUGAUCGACCAGCUGGUGUUGCAUUUGAUAAACAACUACAUCGUAUUAUUGUUACAGAUAAAGAUAAUCAUCGUAUACAAGUUUUUACAUCUACAGGAGAAUAUAUAUUUAAAUUUGGUGAAAAAGGUACUAAACCCGGUCAAUUUAAUUAUCCAUGGGAUGUAGCUGUAUCAUCAACAUCACAAAUAUUAAUAUCAGAUACACGAAAUCAUCGUGUACAAUUAUUUUCCAAAGAUGGUUUAUUUUUACGUAAAUAUGGUUUUGAUGGUCCUAUAUGGAAACAAUUUGAUUCACCACGUGGAGUUGUUUUUACUCAUGCUGGUCAUAUAAUUGUAUCAGAUUUUAAUAAUCAUCGUUUAUUAUUUAUAUCAUCAGAUUUUCAAAAUGCUCGAUUUUUUGGUAGUGAAGGUUCAGCAAAUGGACAAUUUCUUCGUCCACAAGGUAUUGAUAUUGAUGCAGAAGGAAAUAUAAUUGUUGCUGAUUCAAGAAAUUAUCGUGUACAAAUUUUUUCACCACAAGGUGUUUUUAAAACAAAAUUUGGUAUGCAAGGUUCAGGUCCUUUACAAAUGGAUAGGCCAAGUGGAUUGUGUGUUACACCUGAUGGUUUGAUUCUUGUUGUGGAUUUUGGUAAUAAUCGUAUUCUUGCUUUUUAA